AUGAAAUUCGGCGCAUGGAACAUCAGGGGGUUGAAUGACCCUGGCAAGCGCAGAAUUGGGCGUGAUCAUUUGGGAAGGCCGAUCUUUGCUAUUGCUGGUGGAGCGAGUGAGGUGAAGGUAGUUCAGAUGGAGUUGCAGGCCAUUAAAACCGGUCUCUUGAAGGCCUGUAAUCUCAAGCUUUCUCGGGUACAAGUGCGUUCAGACUCGAUGCUGGCCAUUAAGAUGAUUGUGGGUAGCUUUGCAUUAUCAUGGGAAGUUCGAUGGCUGGUUGAGGAAAUCAGAGUUUUACGUGAUACUUUUAUUACUUGUUCGUUCGCUCAUCAGGUUCGGGAGACAAAUUCGUGUGCAGAUUACUUAGCAGGCUUGGUCAACACUUGUGUUGAAUUUUCAUUUUCUAUGGAUUCUCUCCCUGUGGCUCUUUCUGAUGUGAUACAGAAUGAUGCUCGGGGAAAGAAUUAUCCCAGAUUGUAA